AUGCAUUCAUGCCUCAAACUAUCGAAUAUUUCACGUCUACCCGCCCAUAUCCGCAACCACGCGAAGUCCGCUGCCAAUGGAUCUGUGGCGAGCAUGCACGCCCUUCGACGUUUAUACUUCGACUCAGGCUCCCAGAUGAUUUCUCCCCAGCAGCUGCUUUUUCUUGCCCCCGUUUUCUAUCGGCAGCUGAACUCCUCAACGACUCCUGAACUGCAAAGUCUCGUGGAAAUGGACCCUCGUGUCGCGAAGGAACAGAUCUUCCGUGUCUUGUGGUCCCUGCAGGGAUUGAGCUAUCUGUUCUGCUUCCAACCUUUCCCCAACGGUGUUAUUCCAGAGAUCUGGCCACGCAUCUGGACUUGGGUGACGCUUUUAGACGCCUUCUGGGAAGAGAUGCCUUCGUUCCACGUACAAGAGGAGCAAGAGCAUACCCUCAUUACGAUUCUCAGUUGCAUCCUCAACCGAAAGGACUCGGAGCACGCCUUUAGGGCUGAUCUAGUUAACAACGACAAUAUUUUCGUCGUUGCGGGGAGCAUUUGGCGCCGACUCGCACUCAAGCAAGACGCGAAACCGACUCUGAGCGUUCAAAUUCCAUACUUUUGGGAGUUGUCUAUGUUCUGUACAGUGAUUGUGCAUAUCGGGGUUCACGGGACGAAGGACUUGAAGAAUGUUUUUGAAAGCAUAGCUUCCGGCGCUGGAAACUGGAGAGCACUAGCGCAUAUGCUUGUCGUCACAGUACGGCAUGUUUCUGACUCUACUCCCGAGCAAAGAUAUUGGAGGACUCAGAAUACUAGUAUGGGGGACGACUUGCACCGCAGUUCAUGUUUCACAUCACUCAGCAUAUUCUGCAUCAUGAUGGAUUUGGCGCAGACGGCGAAUCCAACCUUCACAGAGGAUCUCCGUCAAGUUGGCGCUGUCGGUGCAUUGACAACAGCGCUUCUCCGUCACUCUCGAUGGGCUCAGUCUCCCGUUCAAGUUGACAUAAGCCACGAAUUGCCCGAGUUUGCCUGGGGUCUUCCAUCACUCCAUUUGAUUUUGAAGAGCCUAGAGCCUGAGUAUAAUCUCAGAUACCGCGGCGCGCCGCCAACCGCCGACCCGUCCUUCCUCUUCUCGUUUCUUUAUCGGUUAAUCAUCAAGCCAGGAACAGCACGCCGUUGGGUAAUCGAGGGUUUAAACGCUGGACUGCUCCAUGUUUUACUAUUCAGUGACGAUUUCAGACUCGAAAUGCCGGCGCACUGGCAGCUCGAGCCUGUGGACUCUCCAAAUCUUCCCAACCACCACGAGUUGGACUGCCAGUGCCUCAGGCUACAGCACAAUGCCGAGCUUAAACUUAGAAUUGAGCUUGACACUACAGAAAAGGUGAGGAGCUUACUCAAGCUUACGCUGCCUGCAUACAGCUAUUAUCAUUCGGUCCUUGUCGCGUUGAAGAGAGGGUUUGACGACAUCGAUUCUGUUGGCGUCCGCCUGCCGCCGGGCCGGAUUUUACAGCCUGAAUUUGUUAGGUUGUGGCAUGCCCUCAAGCGGCAUGUCAAUGGACUGCUCGGCAUUGCGGGACACCGUAAAAGUUCUCCAUCCGCGUCAACUAACUUCAGAGCCUGUGACAAUCUUACCUGCAAUAAAAUCAUGGCCAAGACACGCUUCAAACGGUGUCCACAGUGUUCGCGCAGUCUGUACUGCGACAGAACGUGUCAACGCUCCGACUGGAAACGGUUUCAUCGAGUACAAUGUCAGCUGCUCAAGGCGCGUGAUUAUCAUUAUCGCCGCCUAUUCACAGACGCCGAUCGCUCAUUCUUCCGGGCCCUGAUGAGUUCUUGGUUCUAUGCGCUCAGGUACAGGCUCUCGUUGACGCUUGCGGGGUACAAAGCAGCGUUCCCAGCAGUUCCGAUGAGCGACAUAUGUGUCGUGUUCACAUUCAUGAACACGACAAGUCAGCCAUCUAUUCGUCUCAUAAGCACUGUGUCAAGCACCCCGGGAGCCGCAGACAUCCGGGAGCAAUUUCCUGAUGUCAUCCACCGGGUUCAACAGAGCGGGGGGACGAUGCAGCUGCAUGUUCUGGAGGUGACGCUGGGCUGCCAGACCGAACACCAGGACACACUGGGCCCCGAAGGCGAGGCAGCAAUUAAUAAUGCGAUUUUGGUGCCGAUGCCGCUACGACUAGCCAACCGCGAGUAUCUUUCGAGGCUAUCCAUGGUUGCCAACCCGGCUGUGCGUGACCGAUUGCCAGUGGGCCAGCGCUACACGGCGAUUGUCCAUCAUAUUGUCGAUACGAUGGGUGCAUGGGUGUAUUGA